GUACUUUAGUGAAGAACGUUCCACGAACUGCUAGUUCAGUCUCCUAAUCGAUUCAUUUAUUACUUUGCAAUUGUUGUUGCUCUUUUACAUGAAAAACUCCCGAUAACUCGAACUAAUGGCUGCAGUAUCCUAAAGUUCGGGCUAUUGAGAGCCUGGAUAAUUCAAAAUUCGAUAACUCAUACCAUUUUCACUGAUACCUUUGAGGCUCGAGUUAAUAGGAGUUAACUGUAUGUUCAAUUCUCUGUACAAAAUAUCUGGAAAAAGACCUUGCAGCAUUUGUUUUGAAAAUAAAAGACCAUGUAGAAGGGAUUGUUGGUCGAGUCAAGGUUGAGAAAAUGUUUUAAUUUUGUUAAUUAAGCAUCAUUUUAUAUUGUUUUCAAUUACUAAUUGACUAGUGGCGGUUUUGAAGAGGUCCAGGAGGCAUGGUUCCAGGCCCCGCCCUUUUGUAUCCAGAAGGGGUCCUGCACCCUAAGAAAAAAUAAAGUUCGAAAGGGGCCCCUGCAGUCCCUAGAACCACUUUUGUAGUUGACUACUGUAAUAGAAUUUGAAAACCAAUUCUGGAAUAUGUUUCAUUUUAUUGUAUUAAAGACACUGUACAAUGACUCGGCUGCAGAUUUUAGUUGCUGUUCAAUGGAAUUCUUUACUUCCAGGCCGUAAACUUGAAAGAGAUUAAAAACAUUAAAACCACAAUUAACGUUUAAGCAAUUCAAAAAGACAACCAACAUUCAAAUUGAUUCUGCAUUGGGCUUUGGUCAGGUCAGUGGUGGCGCCAAAAAUGCUCAAAUGGAGGGGCUUGAUCUUCCGACAGGAGGACUGAGUUGGCACCCGGAACGAAAACAGGAAAAUUCAGAAUUUAAUUGUUCACUAGAUAAAGCUUAAUGAAUCCAUUACUAAUGAUAAAUCUCAUUUUGGGCCUAUGCUUUUUCAACUGUUUUGUGGAUUUAGAAAAAGCUUUAGCAGACAACAUGUCUUGCUAUGCCUAACUGAAGACCUCAAACAUAAAUAAAAUCAUGGCUAGAUAAUAGACUCCUUCUGGGAGCUAUCCUUACGGAUCUCUUCACAGCGUUUGAUUGUCUACCUCACUGUGCUUGACUUAGUUGAAUUCUUAUGGUUUUAGUAAUAAUGCAAUUCAAAUUAUGUAUUCAGUUCAAUUUUGCAAAUAAUAUGCAAAAAGUGAACAUUAAUUCUAUUUAUAGCGAUUGGAUAAAAAUAAAUAAAGGUGCUCAACAAGAAUCAACUUUAGGUCCAUUGCUUUUUAAUAUAUUUAUCAAUGACAUCGCCUGUUUUCUUAAAAAAGGUAGCAUACACUGGGGUCACAAAAGUAUGGAAACGGUAGGUCAAAAUGGCGGCUAACAGAAGCCAAAGGCCUAAGCCGACCAAUUUCAAAAUCAGAAUUAUGAGGUGAAGGGGCUUUGAAACGAUAGGUUAUGGCGGGAAAUUGCAUUUGUCAUUCCUUCGCCUUUCGGUUUAAAGAAAGUUAAUGGUUGGUUUGCUGUUUUGAGGGGAAAAGUCCAGCAAAACUUUGAAGCAUUGAUUCAAAACAACAGAUUCUCUGAGUAUUCAUGAAAGAUGACCACGAAGUGUCACUUUAUUGAAGAAAAGUAAACGAAAAAUAGUUGAAAUUCGAAGCAAACUGCUUGAAGCUUCUUUUUCACGAAAAAAAUUAUAACUGAGAAAGUGACGUUAGCAGUGCACUUUAAUUUUAAAGUUUCAAUACUUACACAAGGUGAGUUGCUCUACAUUUGAUGUUAAUGACUUGUUUAUCUUAAAUUCUGAUUUACUCAUUAUCUAAGCACAUGACAAUAAAAAAAUUAAAGCGAAACAUUCAAGGUUUAUUAUGCUUUUAAAAUUAUUGAAAAGAAUCAUCUACAUCCAAAGCAGCUAUGUUAUUUAGCAAAAAAACUAUUUUGAUCACUAAAUGACAGCUUUAGAAAUUGUUCACCCGAUAUCACUUUUGAUAACCUAAAACCUGAUAUCUCAGCCAAAAUGAUCUUCUCGGUAAUACAUUUAAAGUCAGAGCAAAGGUGCACGUAUUAAGUUUCAAGUUUAAUUAAAUUAUCUUAUACUUAUUAAGUAUUGUUUGUACUUUGAGGCAAUUUUUUAUGAAUCCUUUGAAAAUAUUUUUCAGAAAUUUUCUGAAGCACCGGUCCAAUGUUUCCCUGACUUUCACCUGCUAAACAGUAAGGUAAUCUUUCAAAUCUAUUUUCAUUCGAAAGCCAUCGGAAUUACGCAAAAAAUUUCGUGGCGCAAACGUUCGUUACAAAAACCUCUUUGUGCUGAACUUCUGUUUUAAAAACCUAUCGGCCUAGGCCUUUGGCUUCUGUGAGCCGCCAUUUUUAGCACCGUUUUCAUACUUUUGUUAUGAUAAAUGGCUUUCAAACAGUAAUUUAGAUGAAUUAAAGCCACAUUUAGCGUCUGAACCCACAGUUCUCGCCUAAUGGGUAAAGUAACAAUUUGAUGGUACUGAAUGGAGACAAAUGCAAACUCAUAACCUUCCUAGUUAGCUGAUCCAAAUCACAACUAGCCGAGGUAAAAUCAAUGGAACCGUUUUUAAAGAAAGGUAAAGCACAAAAUAAGUUGACAUAACACUGAAUCAACAAUUAAAGUUUGAUGAAAAUAUAAAGGACCUUUGCAAAGAAGCAAGUGAAAUGUUAAACGCUCUUGCAAAAAUUGCCUCUUACAUGAGUGAAUUCAAACGAGUACUAAUGAUGAAAAAAUUUGUCAUAUCAUCCCUCAAUUAUUGUGCCCUUAGAGAAGAAACACGAGAAAGCCAUUAGAAUAGCAGAGGCUAUAAUGAUUACCAAUCAAUAUUUGAACAACUAUUGGUAAAAAAUGAAAGAACUAUCUCACAUUAUAAAAUACUGCAAUAUCUAGCCAUUGCAAUGCUCAAAACAUUAAAUCGUUUUAAUCCACCCUUCAUUGAAAAAAUAUUGUCUCCCACUGAAUGUAUUUAUUAUUUAACAUGUGCAAAAGUUUUGAGCAAAAUUAUAAAAUGUAUGGAUAUGACAUUGUCUUAUAUAGAUAAAAAAAGAGAAAUUUGGAACAACAUCCCAAAUGAAAUUAUAUAUACUCAAACUCUCAUAAUUUUCAAAAGAAAAUUAAAACCUUCACUGAAUUCAAAUGCACCUGCGACGUGUGCAGGCAGUACAUUAGUAACGUCAGAUUCGUUGAUCAAUCAUAAUAUUGCAUAUUUGUCCGUUUAUCUUGUUGUGUUGUUUAUCAUUUCAUCUUGUUAUGCUGUUAGUUUAGUUAGUUGGUUUUAAUUAGCCUAAAUUACGAAUUUUACCCCAUACAAAGAUUCAAAUGACGACUACAGUGGAUCAGAAUUUUGAUGUUUUUCUUGCGUCUCAACGAUUUUCAUGGAACUAGAUGUAGAGUUAGAUAAGAAACUGUUAGGGAACUUUUACUACCACAAUUUGAUCAAUAGGCCUUAAGCUAGGUUCUGCAUAAACAUGUGCGUAUCUUCAGGCACCGCGGCGGAGCAGGUUGAGGGCUGAGGGGGCUUUAGCCCCUCACUUUUUGCAUGAAAUGCCAAAUAUUAAGUAUUAAACUACCAGUAAAGCCUCUUUUUAUACGGUUUUAGCUCCCCCCCACUUUUUUAAACCCCCAUUUUUCUCAACGCUCCGCGGUGCCUGAUCUUAAAAGCUAUUUCUGUAGCAGAAGCUAUUUCUAAAACUGGAAGCUUGGCACAGUUUAACAGACUUCAAAGUUUGAAAAGAGGUGUUAGAAUCCAAUCCUUUUCAGCUGUUGUCAAGAAAUUUAAAAGACGUUUGGAAGCCCUGUUUACGGAAGUAUUACGUUGGGGCUCUCUGAAGAUGCAAUUUUGAAAAACGUCCAAUAUAAUGCCAAUCCUUCGAACAUAGAGUGAAUUUCAUAGCCAGAUUCAGAAUGAAUAUGUUUAAUAUAAAUCUAGUAAAAUCCUUUGCAAUCUGAAUGCACAGUCGUUUCCGAUCAUUAAAGACAUUUUUUAAGUAGCUAUUCUCCACCUUUUGGUCAAGUGAUUUUUCUGAACUGAUGAAACCCCCGUCUGUUUUCAACGAACUCGGUUGCGGAGAUUUCUGGCCAAGGACGAAGGUGUCAAUUUAUACACUGUAUUCGGCUUAAAAUUUCCAAUCACGACCACAAUUUUCUGCUGUUUAUUGUAGCCGCCAGAUAAAAUGGCCUGUGAACUAGAUUAGAUUGAUUGUAUUUUAAGGCGCAUUAUACACCCGAAUGUGAUAACAAAGAGAAAUUUGACGGCAAGGGACUGCUUUGGUUGUUUGUCUGCACGUCACAAACAAAGGAGAUGAUUUUGAACACACUAUUUCGACGCCUGCAUAACCCAAUUUAUCCACAAUAAAUUCAGAUACUGAGUAGUUGGUGCUGACAAGGACCAAACUGACAGCUCAUGGUUUCACUCUCUCCGUGGAUUCGUGCGUCUUUGUUGCUUGCAGACUUUUCAUGUGCAUCGCAUUCUAAAUCCUCAUACUGGGGUCACUUGUAUCAAUUUUGCGGUCAGCUGGAAUAAUUGACUCAACGCGAUAAAUGUUUUGGUGUACAUGCUAGGGUGAUGCCUCUGCUCCUAAAGUCAUGUGCCCGCUUCCAACAGCCUGAAAUACGAUAUUUCUUUCUUACUGUCCACUCAGAAAGCGGAGCUCGGGCCGAAUCAGCUUCUGAACUUUAAAAGGGAAACGUCGUUAGUCGAAGACUUCACAGUUUAAAAAAAGUAAGUGUCGAAUUGUUUUACGAUAAAGACUGAUCACGUUAAUGCCAUUUUUAUUAUGCGAUGAUCAGCCUUAGUAUCUUGUCGAUUCAACCUACCAUUCUGAUCUGUUUUGGCCUAUUGAUUACCGCAAAAUACCUUGACAACGACAAAGAAUGAUAAUUUCAUAAUUUUUCACAACACUUCCCCAUAAAUUGCAUUAUGAAGCUGGUCGAGCAUGGUUGUGUGGCGUCGAUAAACGUUUUGGUUUCAAGGAAUCUGUAUUUUGAAAAUAUUGGAAAUUGAUAGUGGGACAAGGAUGGGCAUGAAUCGCGUGGAAUGUCGAUAAACGAACACCUUUUAUGCGGGCUCAUUUACUCAUGAUGACAAACUGCAACUUUGCUAGCAUCUGAAUUACAUUAACCGCCAUUUAGCGCAUCAGCCGCUAUCUUUAAAAUUCAAUUCUCUUUUUGUCAACAACGUUCCAAGGUUGAAUGCUUUGUUUAUGAAAUACAAGUAGGUAUAAAGAAUAAUAAUUAGGCAUUUUCUCGUGGCAUGCGUGAUUCGCGUUAAUCUGACCACAACAGGGAUUUCUAGAAGCAGCUGGGGGUAAAAAAUAAGGUACCAUGCUGCUGAAAGCCUCUAGUACGGGGUAAGAUAUUUACAAGUCCGUUGGAUGCAUUCAUGUCAUCGUUGUUGACUGUCACAAUCAACCAGACAAUGCCAAAGAAAGCACGAGGUUUUUGUUUGUGUUUGGCUAACUUGGUCAUUCGUUGUUCGCUUAGACCUUUUACGGUGUCAAAUUUUUCUCGUCAAUAUGAAAAAGGUAAUUAAUUUAAUUCAUUCCCAACCCCCUUGGCAUUUUGCUUAUAAUGUGAGUGCACAAAUAAACAUUUGUUGCGAUCAAGGCUUCACUGGUUGUAAUCAGAAUGCUUCACCUGCAGAAAACAUUAUUUGAUUGUGACAGUCAAUUAAACUGUUUUGGGCAGAUGUCGAGGUUCUUCAUGUUGAGGAACAUGUUUGUGUGUCCUUUUAUGCCCAGAUGUCUUCAAUCGCUUGUGGCUGUACCAAACUCCCUUUUACGAAGCUUACAAAGUUACUUGUCUAUUGCUCUUUAACGACAGCGUUUGAGUUCACGAAAUUCAAGAAGCCUCUGAACACACUUUCAAUCCAUAUAUAUUUCGAAAUUCUUCUUUCCCGUGUUUGUUCCUAUCAAAAGUGUUUUUAUUCUUCAUAACUGGUCAUUGCUAAAACGAGUCAGUUAGGUAAUUCUUUAGUUUGUAAGAGAUAGUGUUUAUCUAUUUUUGAUCAGUGCUUCAAAUUUCCAUUUAAUGUUUUUUUCAAAAGGGUUUUGCUGUUACGUUUUCCAUUUUUUCUUUUUAUCAAUAUAAGGCUUUUUAUCAAAUUGCGACGAAGUUAAGCAAUUUGCCUCUCCAUAAUUGUGAUAAGGCCUGCAAUGCUAGAACCAAAUGUCUUUGGGGCUUACUUUUCUAACUCUAAGGUUAGCAGGAAAGCGCCAAAUUGUUGUUUUCCCUUUCGAAAAACUGAGGCCCAACUGAAGCGGUAUAUAGUACCUUUCUGCUAAGAUUCUGCUCGCAACCCAAGUGAUACAGUUAUAGAUGUAGCCCACCCCCACCCCCUAUAUCUUUCCCACUCUGAAAGCUGUAGGCCUACAGAAAUCGGUAAGAAGAUUGCUACUGAAACGAACUUUGUAUAAGAAGUUAUAAAGAACGCCUACAGGCGGUCAAUUGCAAUGAAGAUUCCAAAGCUUUCCUACUGAACAAAAAUUUACUUGCUUCAUAAAAAGUAUAGAAAUUCGAUUGAAAGAUAAAACGGGAGUUUUCAUGAAAUGGCGAGGACUCAAGAAAUAGGCUUUCCAUCAGCUGCUCAAGUCAGCAUAUUUGACAACAUGAGCUGUUUGUUUUCUAUUUUUCUAGCAGCCACAACAAGAACUCACUUGUUGAUGUCGUUUAAUUUUUUUCUUGAGUUUAGGCCAAUCAACAAGAUCGUUCGUUCGAAUUCAGUUAAAAAUUCAUGUCCGAAUAGCCGCAAUUUGAUACGGGCUUAAAGUUUAUCAAUCUAUGAUAAUUUUGGCAAUUCCGAGCAUUUGUAACCGCGAAGAUCCACGAGCAUAACGUUCGCAAUAAGAAGAGUCUCCCAAGUCUCGGCUGAAUAUCAGUUGUAUCGGACAUUCAGGGUGCAUUCCAUGUAAACCUCACACCAAAAGUACGACAUGGAUAGGCCAGGUUUACGCCAAGGUUCAUAUGCAAUUAUUACGCCGACCCAACCCCCAUUUGCUCUCGGGCAAUUUAUAAGUACAAUGGUGAUGAUGUAGAAAUACACACAAACAAUCACGGAAAGAGCUUUGCGCCACGCCGCUGUGCCAUUUCACCGGUCAGUGUAGCCACACGCCGGCAAAUGCGUAACUCGCGCGAACACCACCGAAAAUGACAUAACUCAAGGGCACUGGGCUCGAUAACCUUUCAGGUUUAUCUUAGUGUCCUAGGCAACACUCACAGACAUUCUCUUUAUAAUUCUUUAAUUCUUCUUUAUGUUUAAGACAAUAAGUAAAUAUAUUUUUAAUGAACACGCUGUAAAAAUGUUGCUCCACACCAAAGAUCUUCAAGUCUUGCUUCAUUGAAAGCACCCUGGUCUAAAAUGCCUGAGAUAAUUUUUGGUUGGUGCAAGUUAAAAAUUGAUACCGGUUGAUCGAAGAUUCGAGACCUUUCUUUAUGGGGGUAUUCGACCCCUGUUGGGUCUGACGAGAAAUACUUCUAUUUGUUUUUCAUGUCAUUCGAAGCCAUUCUACACCUUAAUUUGCAUCCACCCCGCCCAGUUUAUGAAUUAUUUAUGGACUGAAAGCUGCUGUUGUGGCAACGGAUUUUCAGGGCAACAACUUUGUCCUAAAAUCCUGUUCCAAAUUUAUUUGGUUUCUCGAAGGGAGAGUUUUUUGAGGUAUGUAAGAAUAGAGGUUUGAUUGGCCUAUUUUCCGUAAUCAGUCUGGUACACUUAUUUUGCUUAAGAUUACUCAUCUGCCAUUGCUCGUUGUUCAAAGAAGAAUAGCACCACCUGUAGUCCAUGUACCUUUGUUGCAUCGUUUGUUUGCGUUAGGUAGCUAGUAUCUUUAUACGAGCUAUCUAUAUACGAGCUAUGUAUAUACGUAAUGUUGGUUUCUAAUCUUUUCAAGCAAGAGCUCUUGAGCAUGCAUUUUUCAAGAGACCUUCGCUCUUACUGAUCUUUUACCUUGUUACUUUAUGUUGCACUUGUGAGACAAACUUUAGAGCCGCAUGGUAUUGUACAGAGAGUAUUGAUGCUUCGUGAAAGUUGUGUCGGCUCAGCUGUCUAAACACCGUGUCGGAAACUGGUAGAAUGGUAAUAACGGUGGAAAGCUACCUCUUUUGGCACUGAUUGUAAGACAUCCUAGAAGCCGUUAAAGGCAUUGAGUCAUGGUAAAUAGGCCUUCUCUAUAGAAGGGUCAUUUGGUUUCGGCGUGAUCGUUGCUGUUUCACGUGAUAUGUUGUUGACAACUUGCUAUUGAUGGAAACUGUUUUGUUAAUCAGUACGAGGAAAAGGUGCUUUUAUAUUUGCAAGUUACGACGAAUAAGAGGUCGAAUAUCGAGUUGCCAUACAGUCAUAAUUAAUGACAAAGACGUCAUUCUCGUCCGUGUCACCAGAAGAUAGAAUUACUUGCUGAACAGAAGGCAGCGAAUUUGAGUCGCCAGGAUGACAACAGCUUUGGAUACAGUCCUUUCUGUCUACCUUGGCUUUGUCGUCAUUCUUAUUUUGGCGGGAAAUACCCUCGUCAUCAGUGCAUUUGCCCUUGGUUCGCGGAGAAUGAAGACUUACACCAACUACUUCAUUGUGAAUCUGGCUAUUUCAGACAUGCUGGUCGGCAUGUUAUCCGUUCCUUAUUGGAUAUACAUUUCAACAUUGCCUAUCGAGCAGCGCACAAGAGAAAAAGCCGAAUAUCAGGCAUUCCAGUCAAUGGACAUUCUGUUUGGCACUAUAUCAAUUCUUAACCUUGUUUCGUUAACAUUUGAGAGACUUAUCGCCGUCAAGUAUCCAGCCUACCAUUUUAAUUUGACGUGGAAGCCGGUUGCCUUGGUGCUUAGCCUCACUUGGAUUCUGGGCUUGAUAUUUGCUGGAUUCGGUUUUCUUGUUCCACGGUACAUGAAGAAUGCCGAGUACUUGUAUCUCCUGUUUACCCUGGACUUCGCUUUACCGACCUUGCUGAUAAUUGGAUGUUACAUUAUUAUAUUCAAAAUUGCCCGAGACAGUUCUUCGAUGAGCAACAAAAGAGUUAAAAAAGAUAUGAAAAUCGCUCGCAUGAUUCUUAUUAUCAUAGGACUAUUCUUGAUUUGCUGGUUGCCAUUUUUCGCCCUCAGCAUCACUUAUUACAAUUGUUAUGACUGGUGCGCCAAGAUUCCAGAAUCACUGACCAGGCUGUUUAAAGCCAUGCAUUAUACCAAUUCAAUGAUGAAUUUCUGGGUCUAUGCGGUACGAAGUCCGGAUUUUCGCCGGUCAUUUAAUGCACUGAUUCGCUGGAAACUGCCUCGUUUGCGAAGUGAGACUGUCACAAGUUUCCACAUGCGGCAUCGAACAACAUCGAACAACCAAUCCCAGUCGAACCAGUCAAACGAUGGAGACAUGUGCAAUGGGAACAUGGCAAAUAACGAUACCCUAUCCACGCCCCUUCCAAUUCGCGCCGCUAGAGGCGACACUCAACUCACAUCGAUUUAAUUUGUUUGCAUGUUGAGAAACAUGACAAGGACCUGAUAUUCAGGGAGCUGAGGUUUGGGACAUAUUACCGACUAAAGGCGCAAGAUUGGAAUAUUGCAACAAAAGUACUUUCUCUUGACAAAUGAUUUUCAAUAUCUAACAUUGACACGUUCAUUAUUAAAGUUUGAGAAUCAUAAAGGCAACGUGUUAGGACAUACCUUGACUUGGUUUGGACAAUUCGAAUGCAGCUGGCCGACAGAUCGCUUCGUUGUCCGCGUGUUGCACAUUUGCUUUUAUCCGAGACUUUGGCAAUUCACUGUUCUUAAUCUUGCAAUAACAACGCUUAACUGCCUGCUGAAAUUAACGAUAUUUACGUGGUUAAUAAUUUGAUUCACUGAACAAAACGUUGAUUAGAAAUGACCUGCAAAGGUCUGUUUCUGCUGCAUAGUAAUACAACAUGAUGCGGUAAAAAGUAAAAUAUUAUGAAAUAUAAGUAAACCUGGACAAUAUAUUUGCGGUUACGUACUUUGCAAACGAUGAAUCUUCCUAUUUUCGAAGCUGUGUUGGCAAAUCAUCAUUUACUUUCUGGAUUCGUGUUGCUGCUUGUGCAAAAACUGUUGAUUUGAAAGAUGGAGCAGUUGUGUGCUUGAAAAUCACCUUGCGAGAGCCACGUCAAUCAGAAACCAAUCGAAAUUGUCAUGCAUCCUCGAGGGACAUUCUUGCGUUUAAGAAAAUGUCCCCUGCGAAUGUACUGUUGAAAAAGCUUGCCCUUUUCAUGACAUAUGCGCAUGCAUAUCCAGUUUAGGUGUUGGAGCUUUAUUCAAACAUGCGAUACUUCAAUGUAAAUAUGUAGAUUUAAAACUCAUUCCAAGAAAGAAAAUUAAAAAAAGAAAAAUGGCUCAUUCCAGCUUUGCGAGUACUGGUUUCUUCAGAGACACUCUUGAGAUAUGUCCCCAUGCAAGGAUUUCUGCCCAAUGCCCCAUCGUGCUGGCAUAAGACUUUGGAUGUCGGCAAAACAAAUGCAGUUGAUAGAAGAUCAGAAUACACUCCUUGGAUACUGUACUCAUUGUCGUCGCAGGGGCGUGAUGGGUUCUUUGUUUUAAGUGUAACGACGUCAUCAACAAAAAACUAGGCCCUUCUGUACAUAAGUGUUAUCAAUUACAUUUCGGGAUAUGAAAUAGCAGUAUCAACAUUGACAUGUCAGUAGAAAAAAUUUAACGUAUCUAAAAUGUGAACAUUUUACGUCACCGAGAAGAUACGGAAAAGAUACACCCAAACACACGCACACGAACACGAACAUAAUCACAUUAAUAUAAAGAUUUCAUUUAACGCGUUGAUAUGUCAGAGUGAUUUUGUAAAUACCUUCAAAACAAGCGAGUUGUAUUACACCGAUAUAGAUUCAUUUCAGAUCUUUUAUUCCUUUUGCUGUAGCUUAGCUUUUAAAUAAACGUGACUCGCGGAUCAAAUUGGCUCGCCGUUUUGAUUAUCGUUUGGUUCUAUCAGCCUAUCCCCAAUUCGAAAUUCGACCUUUAUUACAAAUCUUUAUUUACUUUCUUUUUUUUUUAUUCUUAAGGACAUUUCUGAUAGUUCCAAGGUUGAUUUUAGUAAAUUUACAGUUUUCAAAUAAAACUUAGUUCUCUCCAAGGUUAAUUUUGUAUUCAUUGACCCAUCGACCUUCAUUUAUAUUAAGUGUAACGACGCUUUUCAAGAUAAGGAUGAGGUCUCAAUACUACUGACUUAGGCAUAUUAAGUGCCUGCUUUUUGAUGCAUUAUGCCAAGCUGAUAUAUGUAGAGGUUGUAGCAUUGAAACUUAAAAUAAAUUCUGCUUCAAAACAAUUUGGUUUUCUGUGA